AUGCCUGUGAAGCCAGCUGGUGGUCACGUGGGAGAACGACAUCCCCAGGAUCAAGAUGCGCAGGACCGCCAUCCAUUACUAGUCCAUGCUCAUAUUGGCAUUUGGGGGCGGUGUCACCUGCCAAGCUCAAGCCGUGAGGCUUGCGGACUAGGAACAGUGGAUGACUCCGCCUUGUCCCUCACCUACCUCGAUUUGAUUUGGCUGCAUGCCGGAUCGGUCGAACUUGUCUUCUUUUACCCCCUCGCCGUCUCCGUCUCCCACUUCAUCGAUUCCGUCGUACCCACCCUCAAGUCCUCUCUCUCCACCGCUCUCCGCCACUUCUACCCACUCGCCGGCAAGAUCCGCAGCUCCGCCGCCAGCUCCGACGGUUACGAAAUUCACUACGUUGACGGCGACUCUGUUCCCUUCACUGUCGCCGAGUACAGUGGCGACUUCGAUGACCUCUCCAGUGACCAUUCCCGACUCUUCAAUGACAUGCUUCCUUUGCUCCCCGAGCUCCCCGAAUCUAGCAUCGACAACAACGACAUCCAGAUUCUGGCUCUGCAGGCGACGCUCUUCCCGGAGUGCGGGGUCGUGGUUGGAAUCAGCGUGCACCACAGCGCCUGCGACGGCUCGAUCUCGACACGGUUCUUGUCCGUGUGGGCUUCUGCCUGUGCAGGUGCCGGAGUUAUGGUCCCUCCGUCUGUGUAG